UCAAAGAGGAAUGACUUGACUGAGUAGUCCUCAUGAAGGUCCCACCUGUGAUUGAAAUGGCCUGCAGCUGGUGAAAGACAAGCAGGAGUUCAGCUUAACAGAUGACUGGCAAAUCACCAAAGUAGCACUACACCAUGUGAGCACUGAACUGUGGUUUCUAUGCUGGUGGAAGAUGGCAAUGAUGGUAGUUUGGGCAGUAGUGCUAAUGACAUAUGGAGCAUCUAUAGGAAUUGCAAAGAACUCUGUGGCACCUGGAUUACAAGGUCAAGUUUCACUGGAUUUGGCUCCAGACUCUGUUGAUGACAUGUACACUGGCUGCAAAGACAAGAUGGAGUACAGAGUGAAGAAGGAGUACCUAGUGAAUGAGAAAAACAAAGACACAAAUUUCACCCUGGCCUGGGGCGAAGCAGAAAAAUACUACAACAAAAAAUGGAGGCCUAAAAAGGGAAAGCGACCUUCCACUUCCCUGGGGAAAGAACAGAUCAUGGCUGUUUAUGUGUAUACCCUCGACAAACCAAACAUCUAUCGUGAUUUCAAUAAUGCAGUUCGAACCCAGAAAUAUAAGUACAAGACCACAUUCAGCUAUCACACACUUCACUUUUUCCUGACUGACGCCCUUCAAACUCUCAACGCUCGCAAACCUGAAGCAGAGAGAUGUCUCACUGGCUACCGUAGAGUUGACCGCUACUUUAGCCAAGAUGUUCUCAACAAGGAGAUUCGCUUUGGCUCUUUUACCUCCAGUUCAAUGGGUUGGUACCCCAACGCUAAAAGAUUUGGAGACAAGUCGUGCUUUGAGAUGAUCACAUGCUCUGGAGCAGACAUCUCGCUGUACUCGAAGCUUGGAGAGUCAGAGAGAGAAGUGCUGAUUCCUCCUUAUGAGGUCUUUAAAGUCACAAAUAUCGCAAAGAGAUCUGACCAGAAUAAACUUCCAUGUGAGGUGGUCUAUAAAGUGAAAAGCACAAGAAAUACUCUGUCCAAAACGAAUUGUACGCUAUUCUGAAAUAAGCAGUCUCUCACAUUUAACAUAUAUUUGAUGUAAACAAAACAUGCAAAAUAAUAUAUUGGGCUGCACCAGGUUAGUGAUUUCACAUUAUUUUGAAAAUGCAUUUGGAUUUAUAGAUUUAAAUAAAGGCAUGACAUCAUUUUGACUAUUCUCUUAAAAUACACAUAGGAAAUGCCAGUAUUUUCAUAUUUGACUAAAACUUGAAACGCCAAAUAGUCAGAAAUGGAAAGGUUGGGGAAAUGUAUUAAAAUAUCUAACUAUUAUAAUGCAGCUGUGUUCUUUUGUAUUAUCCAUGUCAUCUGGGUGCACUAAAGAAAAACAAUUGUACUAACAUCCUGUCAAAACAGUUGAACUUGAAAAAAACAAUAAAAUACCCUUGUCUUAAACAAA